AUGGUGAACCUGCAUGAGCUGGGAGGGCAGCAAGGCUGCGGGGGACCUCAAUUUACUCCUGUGGGAGUGUCGUUGACACCGCUGUUGCAGUAUUUCUCGCUGCUCGUUCAUGUAGUUGGAAAGCUACCCGGAUUUGCUGCCGGGUUCGUGACCGUGUGGCUAGUUUACAUUAUGUUUAUAGGGCGUGAUGUGCUUUUGAACACGUGCGUUCCUGUUGCUGGGUUCCACAUUACUGCACUGUUACUGCUGCGUGAACUAUUGACACCAUGGCAGGAAGGAAUAGCUGGGGCUGCUGAGGUACGUCGGCGUGUGGCAGCACAGAGGUCGUUUGUGCGGGAUGUGCAGUUACAAUGGGGAGCAAAACUCGAUUGA